CUGAUUCACUGCGGAGAACAAACACGCUGAACAUUGUAUGAAACCAAGCCGCCGUGAAAUAACUGGAAAUGCCUCUCAGUGCUGCGACGAUGAACUGGUGGAUGCUCCUGACUUUCACUGCGCUGGCUGAACGCGCCCACUCUUGCCCAGAUCUGUGCUCCUGUUCCUUGACACCUUCGAGUACGGAGGUGGUGUGCAGCCAGAGCGCCCUCACACGUUUCCCCGCGGAGGGUUUACCUUCCAACACCACUCGGCUGUCCAUUCAAUCCACCAACCUCAGCAGCGUUACCGCGAGCCAAUUGAGCGCUGUGCCCCUUCUCAUAAACCUCCAGCUGUAUCGCAACAACCUAAAAGGCCUCCCGUCCGAUGUGCUGGGCAACGUUCCCCGCUUGGACGUGUUGGAUCUGACAGGAAACCAGCUGGUUUCUCUUCCCCCUAACGUCUUCAGCCAUGACUCCCUUGGUAGUCUCGUGCUGAAGAGCAAUAUGAUAGAAAGAGCUGAUGCCGAAUGGUUUUCUGGGAACAGCAGCGUCACCUGGUUGGAUUUGUCUGGGAACCGCUUAGCGGUUGUACCCGCCGCGUUUCUUCAGAAGCUGCCCAGUCUGGUGAAUCUAGACUUUAGUGACAACAACCUGCAGGACCUACAGCCCGAUUCCCUAAAGAACCUCCCCCGCCUAGAGACACUGAAUCUUGCCGGUAACAACUUAAGCUCCUUGAAACCUACAACCUUCGCCCACAACCUGAAACUAUCUCAAUUGUUUUUGCAGGACAAUCGGCUCCAAAAGCUUCCGCCGACUCUCCUCCAGGGUCUCCAGCACCUCGAACUUCUGCUGCUCAAUCGGAAUCAGCUGCAGCAUUUCCCCUCGGGGUUGCUGGAUGACAGAAAGUCCUCUUUCCAGAUUAUUUUAAGAGGAAACCCCUGGGUUUGCGACAAGGAGAUCGAGUAUCUGUGGAAGUGGCUGGCUGUUUGUCCUCAAAAUGUCCUCUUCUUGGAGGAGGUGACAUGUGCACGGCCUGAAGCUCUUAUACACAGACAAGUGGUGUCUUUAACUGGCAGGGAGCUGGGUCUUUAACAGAUUCAAAAUCAGCGAUAGGGACCUGGGAAACGUUUAACACGCUGGACUCGACAGCACUAAAAUCAGAUGUCAAAUAGGGAUUUCCUUAAAGGUUUUUCUUUGUCAAAGGCAUAAAAUAAAAUAUUAUGAUUCAUUCUUUUAUUGUG